AUGCUGGCAGCCCUACCAAUCCUCAAGCCUGGUCAUUGUUGGAGAGUGGGGAAUGGUUAUUCAAUCAGGGUUCGCGGUGACAAGUGGAUUCCUAAUUUUCCAUCACAUAGAAUACUCCAUCCGCCCAAUGAUGAUGUUGAAGGUUGGGUUGUGGCUGACCUCAUUGAUCAUAAAUUACAUGAAUGGAGGAUUGAUGUAGUGACGACAUUAUUUCAUAAGGAGGAGGCUGAUGCAAUAUGUAAAAUUCCCCUUAGUCGAAGGAGUGUGGCUGAUUCCAUUACAUGGCUGCAUAAUAAGAAUGGCAAGUUCACUAUUAAAUCAGCAUAUAGGGUUGCACCACAGGUUUUAAAGGUUGGGAGAGGGGCUAAAAGUUCAAAUGGGGGAUGUUCAGAAUCAACAAUUCAUGCACUUUGGGAGUGUGCCGUUGCAAAGGAUGUAUGGGCUAGCAGUGUUAAAAUUCUACAGAAGGGAUACACGGGUCAGACUGAUUUGCUGCACUUAUUGGAGUACCUUCUAGACCGAUUGUCUUUGGAGGAAGUUGAAGUCUUUUUGAUUCAAGCUUGGUUCAUAUGGAAUAGGCGCAACAGCGUUAUUCAUGGUGGCAAAUUCAUUGAUCCAGGGACUAUUAAUCAGAGGGCAGCAGAGUAUUUAGAAGAGUACAAACAUGCUCAACAGCAACUUUAA